GUGAUGCAUCCAGUCCAAGAGGAUAUCAGUAAAUAGACUCGCUGUUGGGUAUCAAAGCGUAUUGUGCCACUCUGACGGCGAAUCUUGCCUAGUGAACAACCAGUUUUCCAGUCUACCAUGGGUGCAAUCAUGGAUACGCUCUACAACCUUUGCAUGAUUCUGUACUACAUCUUUUAUGCGAUGAUAGUACCUUGGAUUCCGAUCAAGUAUCGCUCAAAAGACAUUUCCGGACAGAUAGCGUUGGUAACGGGAGCCGGUGGCGGAAUUGGACGGUUGUUGGCCAUUGGGCUAUCGAACGCCGGGUGUAAAGUAGUUUGCUGGGAUGUGGCCAAGCAAUCAAACGAGGAAACUGUCCGAUUGAUUCAAAUGUCGAAAGGUGUAGCUUUUGCCUAUCAAGUGGACUUGACGAAGCGCGAAGAGGUUUACCAAGUGGCUCAACGCGUUAAACGCGAAGUCGGAAAGGUUUCAAUCUUGAUAAACAAUGCUGGCGUUGUUUCAGGAAAAGUGCUGCUCGACUGCUCCGACGAACAGAUUCAGCGAACUUUUGACGUUAAUGUCCUUGCUCAUUUUUGGACUGUCAAAAGUUUCUUGCCCGAUAUGAUCAUGCAAGAUUCAGGCCAUAUUGUUACCGUAGCCAGUUUGGCUGGUCUAACUGGAUCCGAUCGCUUAGUGGAUUAUUGCUCUUCGAAAUUCGCAGCCGUUGGUUUUGAUGAAGCGCUCCGAACGGAAUUGGCCAUAGAUGGGCGGAAAGGAAUUAAAACAACGAUUGUGUGUCCGUAUCUCGUCAAUACCCCUCUUUUCGCUGGAGCCACAUCAAAGUUUUUGCCAGCUUUGGAGCCGCAGGAUGUUGCACAAGCGGCAAUCAAUUCAAUUCUAACAAACGAAGAAGUUUGUAUCGUACCACGCUAUAUUUCCUAUUUAAUGGUUCUUAAAAGAUUUCUCCCCGUGAAAGCCCAGAUCGCCAGCCAUCGUGCGUUAGGACUCGGGGAAAUGAUGAACAAUUUUCAAGUCACGAAACCGAAAUACAACUAACAUCUGAAUAUUGAACUCGCUAAUGAGAAUACUAGUGAAAUCUGAGAUUUCUAUUUUUUGAAUCCUUGUCACAGUAAUUCCAAUUUUUCGAUGUUAAAAAAAUUGCAAUAUACGGUAUAAUACGGAA